AUCAGAGAUGUUUAUGAACAUGGGCCAUGUGGUCAUUUGAUUUGCCGUAAACACUAGUGCUGUUGUUGUUAUGUUUUUGUAAUACAAAGUGUUUUUUAAACAAAUAUCUUGUUGACAGCACCAUUCUUCCAGUAACAUAGACGUAGAAUGGCGAAAAAAGGGAAGAUCAGAUCGAAGAAUGCAACAUUUAAGCCGAAGAAAAAGUCAACCAACCUCAUUAACAAAGAUUUGAAGAAAUGGAAACCAAAGAGUAAAGUUGGAAGGAUUGUUUUAAAAAACUUGCCAUUUAAGGCAUCCAGAGAAGAUAUACAGAAACUUCUACUUGCAUAUGGUGACCUUAGAGAAGUGAAACUACUUGAGAGACCAGAUGGUUCUCCAGUAGGGUGUGGAUUUGUACAGUUCACAAGGAAAGAAAGUGCAGAAAAAGCAAUUAAAAUGUGUAAUAACUUAGAGUUUAUGGGUAGGAAAAUAACUGUAGACUGGGCUGUACCAAAAGCUGAAUAUAUUUUGAAAAGAGCACCUAAUGAUUUUGCAACCACAGAAAUUCAUAAGCAAAGCCCUGACAAUGCACUUGACAUAAGUGAAGCUAGUGAGUCCGAUGUUCCACCUGAAGCAGACCUUGCUGAGGCACAGAAUCACCAACUCAAGAAAAAAAUAAAGAAGAAAAAUAAGAGUUACGAUCUCCAUACCAAAAAUAUGUCAAAUUCAACAGUGAAAAGUCAGCAAUAUUCUCCUAAAAUUGAACAGGAUGAAGCAGGAAAUUUCAUAACCAAUACAGAAGGCUUCAAGCAGGAGCAUGAAUCAUUAGAUACUAAAAAGGAUGUCAGCAACACUACAGAUGAAAUAAAAAAUGAAAAUAGUGAAUCAUUUAAAAAAGAGAAGAAAGAAAGGAAGAUGGAAAAACGUCCAAAGAAAAAGGGAAGAUUGAUAGUUAGGAAUCUCUCAUUUAAGAUAACUGAAGAUAUCCUUCGAGAACAUUUUAGCAAAUAUGGAGAUAUCACAGAAAUUAAUUUACUGAAAAGACCAGACGGAAAACUUGUUGGUUGUGCCUUUAUUCAGUUUGAAAGGGUGCAGAGUGCAGCAAAGGCAAUAUUGGGUUCCAGUGGGAAACCAUUAAUAGGUAGAACUGUUGUUAUUGAUUGGGCUGUUCCUCAUACAAAGUAUGUUGAGGCUACAAAAAAUGAGAAAGACAUGACAAUUAAAGAAGAAGAUGAAUCCAAAGCAGAUAUCAAAUCUGAAAUAUCUUCACAAGCAUCUAUAAAAGAUGAAAGUGAUUCUGAAUCAGGCUUUGAAUCUGAUAAGGUUGUCAAAGAAGAAAGCACAUCAAAUGACUCUUCUAAGGUUAUCAAAGCAGAGAACAGCUCAGAUGAGUCUGAAGAUGAUGAACUUAUCACAGAGGAUGAGCAGAUGGAACCUACAAAAGAAAAACUUAAAAAGCCAAGAAUUGUUUCCAGUGAUGUAACAGAAGGCUGUACAGUAUUUGUGAAAAAUGUUCCAUUUUCUGCAACUAAUGAAGAAUUGAAAUCCUGCAUGGAACAGUUUGGUCCUGUGGUUUAUGCACUGAUAUGUAUUGAUCCUUUGACAGAACAUUCUAAAGGAACAGCGUUUGUAAAAUUUAAGGAAAAGGAAAAUGCAGAAGAAUGUUUAAAAGCUGGUACAGAACUCACAUUAAAUAAUCAAACAUUGGAUGUGUUUAGAGCUUUAAGUAGGGAUGAGAUUGGUCAAAAGAUGAACAGAAACAAAGAUUCUGAUAAGAAGAAAGAUAGUAGAAACUUGUAUCUGGUGAAAGAAGGAGUUGUGAUGGCUGGAACUCCUGCAGCAGAUGGUGUAUCAGUUGCAGACAUGUCUCGUCGGUUGCAAUUAGAAAAAUGGAAGAGUCAGAUACUGCGCAAUCUCAACAUGUUUGUCUCGCCAACACGACUUAUUGUACACAACGUACCACCAUCUUGGACUGACAGUCAGUUAAGGAAACUCUUUCAGGACUAUAGUGGUCAAGGAGCAAUCAUAACAGAAGCUCGUAUCAUGAGAAACAUGAAAGAUAUUAAUGCUGAUGGCACUGGAAAGUCGAAGGAGUAUGGAUUUGUGAGCUUCUCUACUCAUGAAGCUGCUCUUCAAGCUUUGCGUAAUAUUAACAAUAAUCCAAAAAUAUUCACACCAUCAAAGAGACCUAUUGUUUCAUUUUCAAUUGAAAAUAAAGCCAUACUGAAGGCAAAACAGCAGCGGCUAGAAAGAAGUCGCACAAACAACCAUCCAGGCAGAAAUCCUCCAAAGACUGACUGGAAGUCUAACCAUGUAAAUAUGGAGGCAGUUCAGCAACAUGAAUCAAAAAAGCAGAAGAGGAAGCGAAAAAAUGUGGAAAUGAGAGCUAAAAAGAAGUUGAAGAAAGAAAGUAAUGCGGCUCAUAAUAAUGAAACAGAGACUAAUGAGUAUGUUGGUAUUAUUUCAAAACCAGGGAAUGUGAAACUUCCUACAAAAUUUGCUCUUAAAAAGCAAGCAACUCUUCAUGUGAAGCAUGUGAAACAAAGUAAAAAGAAAGAAAAACUGAAACAAAGAAGAUUAAAGCAGCAUAUUUCUCAAGAACCAAUAAAACAGCCAAAGCAAAAACAGAACAGCCGAAGAAAACAUAAGGAAGAAGACAAAACAUUAAAUAAAUUAAUAAAUGCGUACAAGUCUAAACUGAAUUCAGCUUCCGACUUCAAGAAGUGGUAUGAAUGAAAUGUAAAGAUGUGUUUUGUAUUUAUUUAUGUUUAUGUAGAUAUCAUAUGAAACUUUAAUUUUGUACAGUAUUUUGUAUUUUAAUGCAGUUUCUGCAUUAUUUGUAAAUAAAUGUUUCAGUUUUUUAUAA